CAGACAUCAACCGAAUCAUCACCAUCUCCGCCCAUCUCCGCCGCCAAUCAACCGUCGCCAACGUCCAAUCUAGAGAGACAGGAGACACCUAAUAUGGAUAUCUAGAGAGAGGAGGUGGAGGCAGGGAGGGAGGUGGGGAGUCAACGUUAAACAUUGGUGUAAGAAAGUGAUUGAUCUGAGCUCGGAUCGGAAAUCAGGUCUUCUGAACUAAAUCAAUGGUGGCCAGGACAAGUUUAAUUAGCCGUCGGACGGCGCAGAAGUUCCGGCAAGCAGCGAUCUCGGCCGCUGGCUCACUCAAGAUCAAGCUGUUACUAUUUUGUUGCUUUGUCUUUACAUUGACCUUGCUCGCGAGCCGUAUGCCAUCGUUUUUGGGAUGGGGGCAACAGAGUGUUCCCCGUCUUGAUCGAACUUCGAGGAAAGGGUAUACACUCUUGAUAAAUACAUGGAAACGAUAUGAUCUUCUCAAGCAAUCCAUUUCUCAUUAUACCUCGUGCCCUGGACUGGACUCUAUUCACAUAGUAUGGAGCGAGCCAAAUCUGCCUUCAGAUCCUCUUGUGAAAUUUCUGAACCAGGCUGUUAAAUCAAAUGCUGGAGAUGGUCGAUAUAUUGAGUUGGCUUUUGAUAUAAACAAGGAAGAUAGCCUCAACAACAGAUUUAAAGAAAUCAAGAAUCCAAGGACAGAUGCUGUUUUUUCUAUUGAUGACGAUAUCAUAUUUCCUUGCUCAUCGGUAGAGUUUGCUUUCAGUGUUUGGCAAAGUGCACCAGAUACCAUGGUGGGAUUUGUACCUCGCAUCCAUUUGAUUAAUCGAUCGAAAGAGAACAAAGGUUCCUAUGUUUAUGGUGGAUGGUGGCCAGUUUGGUGGACUGGUACAUACAGUAUGAUACUCUCUAAGGCAUCCUUUUUCCAUAUGAAGUACCUGCGCUUGUACACUAAUGAAAUGCCUACAUCCAUCAAGGAAUAUGUAAAGUCAAAUAGGAAUUGUGAGGACAUUGCAAUGUCAUUCCUGGUUGCUAAUGCAACAGGUGCCCCUCCUAUAUGGGCAAAAGGCAAGAUAUACGAGAUUGGAUCAACAGGAAUCAGUAGUCUGGGAGGCCAUAGCAACAAAAGGACAGAGUGUGUGAAUAGGUUUGUGGGUGAGUUUGGCAGGAUGCCGUUGGUGCCAACUACUGUGAAGGCUGUCGAUAGCCGCGAUACCUGGUUCUGGUGAUUCCCUGUGCUUAUAAUACCUUCAGUUUCUUUCUUUUUCUCUAGUUUCACACUUAGCUUGUUUAAUUAGCACCAUCUAGCCAACUCUUGUAUUCUUCACCUAUUUUAUCGCUGUUUCCAUUCAGCAAAUCAAACCACGUAAUCUGGUCUUCACAACACAAAACCAUUGUUGAGCAAAGACCAUUUAGCCUGUUUUUGUAUCAAUAUAAUUCCCACACUCUGUUUCCAGAUUGAGCAAAACCAAGACCAACCUGUAUUGUGGUUUCAAC